AGGAGAAAUCCACUGAAGCAGACGCGCUGUGGAGGCUAGUGUGCUCCCUCAACGACUAAUUCAUGCCAUCACCGUUCAUUCUGCGGCCCGGUCAUUUCACUGGAUCCAGAACAUUUAAUAAAUCUAUAGUGAACAGGUGCAGCUGAGCACGAGCCGGAAUAACGCGCAGUGCGUGACCUUGCAUUGAAUGUCAUUAUAGAGGGAUUUUUAACGCACCGACACGGUCACCUGCUGCAGCCAUGGAGAUCGUCACACAUUUAAUUAAUGACACUAUAGAGUUCUACAAAUGGACCCUUACCAUUGCAGACAAGCGAGUAGAGAAAUGGCCCCUGAUGGACAACCCCCUGCCCACGCUGGCCAUCAGCACCUCCUACCUGCUGUUCCUUUGGCUGGGACCCAAAUACAUGAAGAACAGAGAACCCUUCCAGCUCCGCAAAACACUCAUCGUCUACAACUUCAGCAUGGUCUUCCUCAACUUCUUCAUCUUCAAAGAGUUGUUCAUGGCCGCGCGGGCAGCGAGCUACAGCUAUAUUUGUCAACCUGUGGACUAUUCAGAGGAUCCCAAUGAAGUCAGGGUGGCAGGAGCUCUGUGGUGGUAUUUCGUCUCAAAGGGCAUCGAGUAUCUUGACACAGUGUUUUUCAUCCUGAGGAAAAAAUUCAACCAGGUUACUUUCCUGCACGUCUACCACCACUGCACCAUGUUCACGCUCUGGUGGAUCGGCAUCAAAUGGGUGGCAGGAGGACAGUCAUUCUUCGGUGCACACAUGAAUGCAGCAAUCCACGUUCUGAUGUAUCUGUACUACGGCCUGGCCUCCUGUGGACCUAAGAUCCAGAAGUACCUGUGGUGGAAGAAGUACUUGACCAUCAUCCAGAUGAUCCAGUUCCACGUCACCAUCGGCCACACCGCCUUGUCCCUCUACGUCAACUGCGACUUCCCCCACUGGAUGCACUACUCCCUCAUCUGCUAUGCCAUCACCUUCAUCAUCCUCUUCGGCAACUUCUACUACCAGACCUACCGCCGCCAGCAGCCCAGACGUGACGCCUCCUCCUCUUCUUCUAAAGCAGCCAAGUCUGUCUCGAACGGGUCCCUCAAUGGGCUCAGCAAGGCCGCCAAUGGAGCCGUGGUGACAGGAAGCAAAGAGGAGAAGCCCCAGGAGAACUCUGGGAGGAGGAAGAGGAAAGGAAGAGCUAAAAGAGAUUAGAGGAAGAGGAGUGAGGGAGGUGAAGAGGUGAGGUAGGGCCUUGCUUUGGGUUCUAGGUUUAUAAUGUUAAAAUAAGAAAGACUUGAUUUGAGGAAGAUUUAGACGGAUGGAUGCGAAGAGGUGUGUUUAUUUAAGCCAUGAUCUGAGUUGUUGUAGAUAAAACACGAGACAGAUUUUUGUUGAAAGAGGAUCAUUCUGUUAGUAAGAGGUGUCGAUGGUAAUUCCCAAGGUGACACAAAUAACUUAAAAUUCAAAAGUGUAUGGUGCAGGAUAUAUCAUAGUAUCACUCGUCUUUAUUGUGGUGCCAAGUACUGUAGAUCUGGUUCACAAAGUGACUUUCAGCUGAUAAAAACAAACCUGACAAAGAAACAGAGUUUAUCAGGCAUGCUGGGGAAGCUACAUCCAAUACUUCUGAGCCACUUAAGGAGAGUAAAUUAUCUUUACAAGCACCCACUGCUGUACGAAGACAGGAACACACAUCAUAACACAUGCAGAUACUUGUCCAUUUAUAUUGAAGUGUAACAUUUCUGUUGUUGUUAUAAAACUGAUAAUGUACAGUAUCAUAUCUUUUUGGUCCUCAUUUUAUUCAAACUAUUAUUGAUGUUACGUGAGAGAGACUUAAGUUUACAGAUCUUAAACAUGAAGUUGUCUUAUUUAUUCUUAUUUAUUUCAAGUUGUGGACUCACUUCAGUUUUUUCACCCUUUAGGGCACAGUUACAUUCUAAUGUUGGAAAUUAGAUCAAAAUCCAGAGGUAAUAUGUACAUAGAAAUAGAAAAAUCUGAUCUCUAACUUAACUUUGAUGGGAUUGUUUCAUCGCUGGUUUAUGAUGGAAUAAUCACCAACUGAGCUGAAAGGAGGUCCUAAUGGAACAUUUCUAUUUCUGCAUACAGCUGUUACAGAUUAUUUUAUGUCUUUACUCGUAUGUAAUGCAAUGCUUUGUGAAAAUGCAGAGAAGUGAUGGAUUAUGUCAGUGUUCCCUGUUUUGACAGAGAGGCUGGUGGAGUUUUGUCUUUGCAAAUGUUUACCUCUUUACCUUUUUAUAUUCUCUCCUCUCUGAUGUUGUCGUUCGUCUUUCAUGCUGGUGACAUAGUUGUGUGCCGAACAAAGAAACAUUGACCUGAAGACGCUGACAGUAUUCAGAACGAGCAAACAGACAGUUUUUAUGAAGUUAACUAAACCUUAGGCGCCUUUUCGUUCUAUUUCCAGCUAAAUGUCUUUUGGUGACUAAGUGUUGGGCUUUAUUCUGAGGCCUGAGCUGGCUCGAAUGUAAAUCUAUCAGGAGGAAAAGUUGCAUUCAAAAGCAGAAAGCUGAUGAGUUAUAUCCAAAAGGAGCUGUGUGUGUUAUAUCAGUGAAGACUAACUCUGCUCUGCCUGUAGUAUAAAGAGAAUAGAUCAGUGUUCGGCUUUAGAACAACAUAGAUCCAGCUUUAUGUCGUCCAUCUACAAACGCAUUUCGAUGUUAUUUAUCGGUUCUUUCUAUUUAUUUUUUGUAAAUAUGAAUUUUCAUCCACUGAGAGUGCUUGUCUGUGUUUUUGUGUUCUUUUUGUGUUGUACAUAUUACAUUGUGAUAUUUUGUACACUGCGCAUUUGGGAAAUGUUCCCAGCUUGUUAGCUUGGACAGUUAUACGUCCACAUUGCUUCUGUGUUUUUUUUAAAGUAUCAUAUCUUUGAACUCUCUUAUCUUAAAUUAAACUGAAUGCCUCUACCAA